AUGUCGUCCGUGAAGCCGAGCCUCUCGGAGCUCGAGAGAUAUCUCAAGUCUUUGAAGGGAAAGUCGCUUGAGGCUUCAAUUGACAGUCUUAUUUCCCUCCUCAAGCGACGACAGAUUUCCGGCGCCGAGCCAUGCGCUGUUGCCACCGCACACAUCCUCCUCCAGGUAGUCGCCAAGACAAGAUUUCAGGAUGUUGACCAGAUGCUUGAGAAGGUCCAGCAGGUCGGAUGUCGGCUUGUGGCGGCGCAACCUAAGGAGCUCGUUGUCGGCAAUAUCGUUAGGAGAGUGCUGGGCUUGAUUCGUGAUGAGGCUGCCGAAGACCGAAAUGACGGAGGCGAUGAGACACCAAGCGAUGUACAGAUGACACCUACUGCGGCCGUCGCCGACGCAUCCAAGCUCGAACAUCACUGGCCCCCGUCCACGUACACGAAGCAGGAUGCCGGCGCGGACUAUAUAUCCAGCGGGCCCCGACCAGUUCGGCCAGGUGCCUUGACGUCUGCCAGCUCCUUCUCGGUGCCCAAGACCCUACUCAGCUUGCUCGAGGCCGCCCCUACGGUGGAUGUGCACAGCACCGCGUCGGGAUCGCCUUACAUCGGCGCGGGUUCUCCCUACCUUGGUGGCUCGGGUGUGUCCACUCCUAUGCGCGGACAACAGACCAGAGUGAACGCUAUCAGGGCAGAAAUCAUUGAUGGCAUCGAUGAGAUCAAAGACGAGAUUAGCCAGGUCGAUGACCAGAUCGCUUCGGCUGCUGAGGUGCAGAUCCACCCCAUGGACUACGUGCUCGUUCACCAGCCCUCUGCCACUGUGCAAAAGUUUAUCCUCCGUGCGGCUGCCAAGAGGAGAUUCACGGUGCUGAUUGCGACUGAGGCGCCCCGUGCAUCGUCUGACGAGCCGCCGUAUGCCCAUUUUAGGAAGAAGCUGUCGGCAGUCGGUGUCUCGUCUAUCAACGUGAUGAACGCCGGCCUCAUGGCACACAUGCCACGCAUCAACAAGGUCGUGCUCGGCGCUCGGUCGGUGCUCGCCAAUGGCGGCGUCGUGACCGAUGCAGGCGCCGGAAUCAUCGCAAGGGCAGCCAAGGAGCGGGGAACAUCAGUCAUUGUUCUCAGUGGCGUCUAUAAAUUGAGUCCAGAGAGCUCGGUUGACGAGGAGAAUCUGAAUGAAUGGGGCAGCUCAAUGAGCCACGUGAGCUUCGCCGACGGGCCACUUGUGAACGGCGUCGAUGUACGAAGCGCCGCCACGGAACUGGUGCCGGCAGAGCUUGUCGACACAUACAUCACCAACCUGGGCGCGCACUCUCGCAAUCACCUCUCAACCAUCAUCGCGGACCACUACAAGCAGGAGGAUGUGGACUUCCAGCUGUGGGACGAGCUGGAGAGGUAA